CAAAACAUUCCCAAGUCAAUCCUGCUUCUCCGUCUUUAUUUCCGAUUUACUGUGAAGUAAACUUUGUAGAAUGACCUGUAAAAGGCGUAACGGAGGCCGUUCCAAACACGGCAGAGGACAUGUUAAGCCAGUUCGUUGCACCAAUUGUGCUAGAUGUGUGCCUAAAGAUAAGGCCAUCAAAAAGUUUGUUAUUCGUAAUAUCGUAGAAGCUGCUGCUGUUAGGGAUAUUACUGAGGCAUCAGUAUAUGGCCAAUACGUCCUACCCAAAUUGUACGCGAAGCUUCAUUAUUGCGUGUCAUGUGCUAUUCACAGUAAAGUAGUCCGUAACAGAAGCAAAAAGGACAGGAGAAUCAGGACCCCUCCUCAAAGAAACUUCCCUGGUCGUGACAACAACAGAGCUCAGCCUCAACCAAGAAAGUAAUAUGAUUUAUGUUACUUAUCCUGUUUAUUUUAUAAUUAAACUAUAAAUAUAAAUAACAAACAAUCUUU